AUGUCCUCAAGACGCCGAUCUUCCCGAGGUCGGAGCGUCGUGCUUCAAGCAGAAGAAAUAAAGGAGGAGGAGCCGGAUGACUAUGAACCUGAGCCACAGCCCCGUUCUGUCGGGAGACCCCGUAAGAUCCAGGGAGAAGCCGCCAGGAUUGGAGAGCAAAGAGAGGAACCAGUACAACCUCGGUCGACUCGUUCUCAAAACUCUUCUGGUCAAAUGCACACGCCUCUGAUCGGAAAUCAUGAAAUAAAGGUUGAGCCGGAUCAUUCUGAAGCGCGACGCGGUAGAGGUCGACCCCGAAAGAUUAUCAUUGGAAACGCUGCAAGAAGCCAAAGCCAAUGUGAGGAGCCGAGUAACGUUGAACCUCGACGCCGUGGUCGACCCCGCAAAAGAAACCACGAAGAUUCUACACGGAGUCCAAGUGCAAGUGAUCAGCGAAGUCACCAACGUGUAACGCGUUCUCAAACUCCAUCGCUGGGAAAUCGUCCCCGAAAAAGUAAUCUUGGAAAAUCGGUGACAAUCCGACUUCCAAGUGAGGAGGCGAGUCAGGAAGACUCCGCAGGAAGUGCAAGUGAGGAGCCGUUCGGAUUGCGAGUCACACGUACACUAACUCGAAAUGGUCAAAGCUCAUGCCAGCUCAUGUCAGGAGAGGAGUGGAGACGGCCCAAAAGAACUGCCCCGUGGAUGGUCGAGAGGCACCGAAUGAACAGAGAACAGUCUGUUUCAAAACUGGAAACCAUUGGUAGAAAUAAUCAAGAGAGCAGAAGAGCAAUUAGUUGCUCUCGACAAUCUCUUCCUGGAAACAGUGGAGCGAUUCAAUUGGGAACAGAUGGCUCGAAUCUAGCUGAAAUGCGACGCUCUCGAAGUCAAAUUCGACAAAACACCACGGAAGAACCAGUAAGAAAUCCAAUGAGUUCAUCCCGUGUACCGAAUGGAGAAGAACGUGCGACCAAUCAACUGCAAGGUGAACCGUCGGUGCCAAGAAAAACUCCGCGUCUGCAGAGUCCGUCUGGUCAAUCAAGUUCAGGAGAAGUCGUGAGAGUUCAAAUCCGAAAAGAAGAUCCGGCUCCAAUUCGGUCAACUCGAUCUCAGAGUCGUGUUCGAGAAUCUCUUCCUGGAAACAUUGGAAUAAAUCAACUGGGAACCGAUGACUCGAAUCUGGCUGAAAUUUCACGCUCCCGAAGUCAAAUUCGACAGGAAACUCGGAAAGAACCAGUAAAACAUCAAAUGAGUUCAUCUUGUGUACCAAAUGGAGAAGAACGUGCGACCGAUCAACUGCAAGGUGAACCGUCGGUGCCAAGAAAAACUCCGCGUCUGCAGAGCCCGCCUGGCCAAUCAAGUUCAGGAGAAGUCGUGAGAGUUCAAAUCCAAAAAGAAGAUCCGGCUCCAAUUCGGUCAACUCGAUCUCUGAGUCGUGUUCGACAAUCGCUCCCUGCAGUUAAUAGAGCAAAUCAAGCAGACGUAGAGGAGUCGAUUUCAAUGGAGUCCCCACGUCCUCAACGACAACCAAAAACUGUCACGGGAGCUUCCGCAACAGAACAAUCCACCCAAAGAGAAUCGCUACGUCUACCUAGUGUAGCGAAUCCAAAAGGAUCAGUAAAGAGUGGUCGAAUUGAGAGAGAAGAGCGAUCGGUUCAACUUCUGUCAUUAAGUUCGCAGAGUGAAGUUAAACAGGAAACACCAGAAGCAUCCCAAAUGGAUCAAACGAGUUCAUCCCGUGGACCGAAUGAAGAAGAAUUUGUGAUCAAUCAACUCCACAGUGAACAGUCGAAGCCUAGAGAUACUCCACGUCUACAGAGCUCAUGCGGCCAGACUAAUCCAGGAGAAAUCGGGCGGAAUCAGAUCCAAAAGCAGAAGGAGCCGGUUCAAACACGGUCAACUCGAUCUCAGAGUCGUGUUCGACAAUCUCUACCUGCUGUUAUUGGACCAAAUCAAGCAGAAACAGAGCAGAUUCAAAUUGAGCCGCCGCAAUUGCAUCAAGAAGCCCAUCAAACUAUUUCGGGAGAAUCUGAGUUGGCUCAAAUGCAAGUUGAGCAGCCGGUUCCAAAGGAGUCGCCACGUCUGCAAACUCAAUCCGAAGUAGCCAAUUCAGAAGAAUCAGUGAAGAGUGGUCAAACUGAGAAAGAGAAGCAACCGGUUCAAGUUCUGUCAACACGUGCUCAGAGUGAAGUUCCACAAGAAACACCAAAUGAAUCGGAGAUAGACCGAAAGACUCAAUCACAGGUAGCGAGCCAAGAAACCGCUGAAUCGGUUCAAAUAGAGUCGCCAUGUUCUCCCUGCCAAAGUACCUCGGAUGAAUCCAUGGAGAGUCAAAUUGAGAAAGAAGAUCCGGUUCAACUUCCGUCAACACAUGCUCAGAGUCAAGUUACACGGGAAACACCAAAUGAAUCGGAGAUAGACCGAAAGACUCAAUCACAGGUAGCGAGCCAAGAAACAGCUGAAUCGAUUCAAAUAAAGUCACCAUGUUCUCCCUGCCACCAAACUACCUCGGAUGAAUCCAUGGAGAGUCAAAUUGAGAAAGAGGAGCAACCGGUUCAACUUCCGUCAACACAUGCUCAGAGUCAAGUUACACGGGAAACUCCAAAAGAAUCCGUGAUGGACCAAAAGACUCAAUCCCAGGCAGCAAGCCAAGACACAGCUGAGAAAAAAGAGGAGGACCCGGUUCAAAUUCGAUCAACUUCAUCUCAAAGCGCCUCUCGUCAAUCUACUCCUGGAGUUGUUGUAAAAAAUCAGAUGGCCACAGAUGAACCUAUCCCAGAAGAAUCAGAGCAAGUUGAGCAGCCGGUGGUUACGGAGGAAUCCCGUAAUUCGUUCCUGAAUUGUCUCGAUGAGAAACUGGAAGAAUUGAAGAAAGCGCUUAAAAAGGAACAGCGUUCACUGAGUCAGUCAAGGGAAACUACCCCGAAAGAAGCUAUGAGAAGACGGACACAAAAAUUGAUGCCAACGCGUUCUAGCAGUCAACCCCGACAACUUCUUUCCGGAAUGAAUCAGCCAACGCCAUCAGCUAAAUGGCCAAGAUCUCAAAAUGAAAUUCGGCAGAAAACACCAACAGAAUCCGUGAUGAAGGGUCAAUCCGGUGUAAGGACCGACGAAACAUCUGUAAACGUGCAAAAACCGGAAUCUUCUGCUCAAUUGUGGUCACUUCUUCCUGAGAGUCAAACAAACCAAGGAGGCGUUGUGAAAAGUCAAGAAAAAAAGAAACUGCGGCCAAGCUGGGCUCAAACCCUUUCACCACAACAACAGCAUCGUCAAACAAAUACAGAGGAAUCUCUUAAAAGUCGACAAAUGCAAAAAACAGAGCCGGUUCAAAUCCGAUCAACUGAAACUCAGAGUCUUCCUCGUCAAUCUGUUCCAAAAGAAUUGCCACGUUCUCCACCUUGCCAAACAAACCCAGGAGAAUCCGUGUGCAACCAAUUGCGAGAUGAAGAACCCGUUCAAUUGCUCCCAACGAGCUCUGAGAGCCAGCUCAGUCAACCUCUACCUGCAGGACAUCGAGUGAAAUCUGAUGACUCAAUUCCAACUGGAUCGCUAUGUGCUCAGAAUCAAAAAACAUCCGAAGAACCAGUGAUACAUCUAAUGACUCAAUCCCAUGCAACAAACCAAGAAGGAUCCGUCGUGAGUCAACAAGAUGCAGAUCCGGUUCAAAUACAACCAGCUGGAUCUCAGAAUCAUGGUUCUCAAUCUCUCCCUGAAGUUGUCGGAGAGGAUCAAUUCGACGCAGAUGAUUCGAUCCAAAUGAAGUCUAUCCCGCGAGAAUCCCUGUUGAAGAAGCUGAUAAAAGAAAAAUCGGUGCCGAGAGUCUAUCUGCAGACUGAAUCCCUAGUAUUGAAUCCAGGAGAAUCCUUGAAGAAUCAAAUCGAAAAGGAGGAUUCCGUUCAAUCAAUGGAAAGUGUGCAGAAUCAAUCCGUGGUAGUGAAUCCAGAAAAGUCCGUGAAGACUCAAACGUCAGAAGAGAACUCCGCUCAACUUCAGUCAUCACAAGCCCAAAGCUCCUCCAUUCAACUUCUUCCUGGAAUAAGCGAGAAUUUUGCUGUUGCUGAAUCACCGAGUGAAAUUCCACAGAAAGAUACUUCAGAAGAAUUCUUUGAUAGUUUUGAUGAAGACCUACGGAAGAUGGAGGAAUCAAUUCGACUGGAAGAACAAAGUUCCCUCACGCAAUCCCGAGAAACAUUCCAGAAAGCACUCGGAAGAUCACAGAUGAAGAGAAAGCGGACAAGAGAAUCGUCACCUUUUCAAAACCUCGCUCGCCAGUUUCUUCCGGGAGUUUUCGGAGGGAAUCAAGUUCAAUUAGUGGAGUCGAUCUUAUCUGAACCUCCAAUUACUCAAACACGUCCAACAAUGCCACGGAUACUCCAAAGAAAUCAAAAGAGAAAGGACAACCAUUCGGUUCCAAAACGUCUUGAAACAUCUCCAACUGACUUUGGACAGACGCAAAUGGAAAACGAGCAGUCAUCAGUUCGAAAGGAGUCAACACAUUCUCAAGGAUCAUCACGCCAAUCUACUCCGGAAGAAUCUACAAUGACGCGAGAUCAUUCGACUGAAAUGCGAUCGACACGUUCCAAUAGCCAAUCGUCCGAAACUCAAGAUUCGAGCGAAAUGCCAUCCUCUCUGGAUUAUGACAGCAGUGGCGAGUACAUGAAAGUCGAAGAACCGGAGUCGAGGGAGUACAGCCCUCCUCCGGUUCUGGAACGCGAGGCACCGUUUGUAAAUUAUGAGGAGGAGUCAGUGGAGAAUGUUGAGUUGUCGGUGGAGGACGCCACUAAGAUUGCCGAGCCAAUCAAAAAGAAAAGAAGCAAACGAGCUGCCAAAGAACCAACUCCAGUGGCAGUUGGAGUUCGAAAGAGCAAGAGGCUGAAUUGGAAUGGUGAUGUCAAAAAUGCGGAAGACAUCGAGGAGGAUAUACCGCAUUUAGACCGCGGAGUACGUGCUCCAAUUGGCCUCGUACGAAAGCCAUUCCAUAUGAACAGAUAUCUGGAAAAAUAUAAGUUUUCCAUUGAGCGUCGAGUGGAAAAACAGCUGGAGAUAACCAUGCACACCGGUUCCCUGUCUCCACGACCAAAAAGAAUAAGAGGAAACGAUGGAACGUGGGUGGAAGUCGAGCAGCCGAAGACCAACGUUUCGAAAUGGAAGAUGGUGACCGUUGGAGACAACCACCAAGCAGAAUUGCCGGCAGAAGAGGAGAUCUCUCCAGAGGAGUAUUACAAAGAUGCCGAAGAACGAGAGGAGAUUGUGUGGCAGCCAAAUCAACUCGAUGAUGUUGCCCAAUUUGAUGAUACUCUCAUCAAUCUGUACUGGAGAGCCAUCCACCAGCAAUACAAGGGACACAUCCCGUUCGAGAUGGCUCUCCAGACCCUCAUGGAAGAGAACUAUGAUUUCUGCCGUGCUUUAGAGUCUAUUGAAAAAUGCCUACUGGUUCUCCCUCAAAGAAUGAAACCGAUAACGAGAGGACAAGCGAGACUUCUCGCCCAUUUGCUCAAGGAGGACGAGAAGAAAAAGCAAAAACAGUUGCACCCGAGAAAUAUACAAGAAAUCGCCAUGAGGAAUUAUCAUCUUGGAGAAAUCGUCCCAUUCGUCGUUCAGUUCCGAAGAUUCUACAAGGAUCACAUCAAAGGGCAAUCAGAGCGAACAAUUCCCUGCAAUUGUCUGGAAAAAACGACUGGAGAAGUGGCAUUCGAGCCAAAACACGGAUGCUCGAACUGCACGCGGAAGCUGCGGAAUGUUGAAUACGAUCCGGAAAAGCUAUGUCUUAUCUGUCGGACCUACAGUUACUUGUCCCCGGUGGGAGCAAGACGUCCGGCAGAAAACCCGGUCUUCAAUGAUGAGGAGAUUCUUCUUAUCAACCACUGGAAUACCCUUGAAAAAGAGAUGGAUUAUGUCGAUGAAGAUAUUGUGACAAGACAGAAUCUUGAAACAAAAAUAAAUCGUUGGAAGAAAAUGAUCUUCACCCAGGAGGAAAUGGAAAUGUUGGAAUGGCCGUUAUAUGUGAAGGUGUCAGAGAAGAACCCACCGGCAAAUUCUGAAGAAGAGCGAUUGCUCCGCGGCGAAAUGUGUUCCGAACAGUUGGUCCCAUUCGAGCUUCCACACUUCACCAGAUGUAGCUGUCUACUCUCGGGAGACAUUCCAAGAUUGUCAACGAACGUCUCAAAGUUCUCCUUCUCGGAAGAAGAGACAAUUCUCUACCGCAACGCCAUUCUCCGACACAACGGGAAUCAAACUUUGGCUGGAGCCGAAUUGGGAGUUGAGCCUGAACUCGUGGAAAGAUUCGUGGACAAGUUUCCCAGUGGAAAUCCACUCUACCAGGGAACGGCUUUCACACUCAUGCGUCGCCCAAAACUCCGUCACAAAUAUCUUCCAAAGCCAAUUCCACCUCCGUUCAAGAAGAAACCUGAGGAAGAAGAGAAAGAUCCAACCUAUGAGCCAGAGGAGCAACCAAAAUCGAGUCGCAAACGAGACGGAGCUGCAAAGAAGCCCGGUCCGGUGAAAAAGGCAAGAACAAGUCUCUAA